GAGAACAAGGGGGAGAUGGGAAAGAAAAAGGACAAAAGGGGGGAAAGAGGGAAAGAAAAAGAAAGAUGAAAAAGGAGACAAAGUAAAAAGGGAGGAGAGAGGAAAAGGAGAAGUAAUUAAAAGGAAAUGUGGGAUAUAGGAGAGAAAGGGGGAAGAGAGGAGGAAGAGAGGAAAAGAAGGAACAGGAAAUAGAAAGGGGAGAAUGGAAAAAAGGGGGAAAUCACAAGGAGGGAAGAGGGGACAAGAAGUGAAAGAGGAAAGAAAGGAGAAAAAAAUGGUAAGAAGGGGAAACAGGAGAAAGAAGAGGAAAACAACGGGGAAGAGAAUAUUAAUAAAGGUUAAAAAAAAAAAAAGAAAAAAAGGAAAAAAAAAGCGGUGUGAAAAAGAAGGGGGAGGAAGGCGACAGUGCAGAACGGGAGGAGGAAGGAGAAGGAGCCGGGGCGCUGCUCCCGCGGCUCCGGCCGUACCUGGGGCGGACGGGGGCGGUGCCGGGGCCGCCCCGCGCAGGAGGCGGCGGGGGCGGUGCGGGCUCCCGGCGGAGCGGAGCGGGCUCGGAGCCGCUGCCUCCUCCUGCUGCUGCCGCUCCUGUGCCUCCUCCUCCUCCUGCUCCUGCUGCCGUGCCCGCUGCCGCUGGAUGCGGCGGGAUCCGGAGCGGCGCGGGGCCGGGGCAGGACGCGGGGCCGGGGCGGGACGCGGGGCUCGGGCAGGAUGCGGAGCUCGGGCGGGAUGCGGGCCCCGGGCAGGACGCGGGGCUCGGUGCUGCGCGGAGCCGUGCCGCUGCUCGGCUGCCUCCUGGCCGCGGCGUCCAGCACGCGGCCGGAGUGCAGCAUCAUGCAGGAGAUCGAGGAGGAGCGCAGCCAGUGCCUGGCAGAGCUCACCUGGGACAACCAGACCUCAGGCUGCAGGAGGCAGUGGGACAACAUCACGUGCUGGCCUGAAGCAGAGGUGGGAGAAGUCGUGGUACGGCCAUGCCCCAAGUACUUCAGAUUCCUGACCUCCUUCCUGGGGAAUGUGACCAGGAAUUGUACGAGCCAGGGCUGGUCAGAUGUGUACCCUGCACCCUACGCCGUGGCUUGUGGAUAUGAUUCCAACAGCACUCCAGGGGAAGAGCAAACAGCGUUCUACGGAACGGUCAAGACCGGCUACACCAUCGGACACACCUUGUCCCUCAUCGCCCUCACGGCUGCCAUGAUCAUUCUGUGUCUCUUCAGAAAACUGCACUGUACUCGAAAUUACAUUCACAUGCACCUCUUCAUGUCCUUCAUCAUGAGAGCCAUCGCAGUCUUCAUAAAGGAUGUCAUCCUCUUUGAAAGUGGGGAGUCUGAGCACUGCUUCGUGAGCUCAGUGGGCUGCAAAGCCAUGAUGGUUUUCUUCCAGUACUGUGUCAUGGCCAACUUCUUCUGGCUGCUGGUGGAGGGGCUGUACCUCCACACCCUGCUGGUCAUCUCCUUCUUCUCGGAGAGGAAAUACUUCUGGUGGUACAUCCUGAUCGGCUGGGGUGCCCCCUCCGUGUUCAUCACUGCCUGGACCAUUGUCAGGAUCUACUUUUUCGACGUUGGGUGCUGGGAGGAAAUAGUGGAAUCCCCAUUCUGGUGGAUCAUUAAAACUCCUAUUUUGGUGUCUAUUUUGGUGAACUUCAUCCUCUUCAUCUGCAUCAUCCGCAUCUUAGUCCAGAAGCUGCAUUCCCCAGAUGUUGGGCACAACGAAACCAGCCAAUAUUCGAGGCUGGCCAAGUCCACUCUGCUGCUGAUCCCUCUCUUUGGCAUUCACUACAUCAUGUUUGCUUUCUUCCCCGACAAUUUCAAAGCAGAAGUGAAGCUGGUCUUUGAGCUCGUGGUUGGGUCAUUCCAGGGAUUUGUGGUGGCUGUUCUGUACUGCUUUCUCAAUGGAGAGGUGCAAGCUGAGCUCAAGAGGAAGUGGCGGAGGUGGCACCUGGAGAGGUUCCUGGGCUCGGACAUGAAGUACCACCACCCCUCCCUGGGCAGCAACGGCACCAACUUCAGCACCCAGAUCUCCAUGCUGACCAAGUGCUCGCCAAAGACGCGCCGCUGCUCCGGCUUCCAGGCCGAGUUCUCUCUGGUGUGACAGGGAGAGGCUCCCCAGGCACUGAGCAUCCAGAACUGAGGCACGAGGAUCCCCUGGGAGCCAGUGAUCCCGCCACGAAUCCCUGUGAAAUGACCUGCUCCACAUGAGCCAACAGAGGACACACAACUGGAAGAGCCGCGGGCGUCCAGGAUGAGAUCGGACGCGCCAAGGGGCAGAGGAACAUUUCUGCUCUCCCUCUUUUCAGGCCUCUCACUCUUCAGUUUCAAGCCCUCAGGGGUUGAUAACUCUGAGGAAUUGUCCCAGUUGCUUGAGGACGGUCUGGGAGUUGCUGAUGUGUCAUAAAUAAUGAAGUACUGGGCAUAAGGGAGGGAGAGCCUCAGUCCUCGGUGGCUUUACCAGAACUGGCAUCUCUGAAACAGACAAAUUGCACUUUUUUUUUCUUUUUAAAUGAGCCAGUAAAGGAGAGACAGAGGCAGGAAGCAGGAAAAAAAAAAAAUAUGCCAAACUUAUGAAUGUGCCAAAAUUCCUGUGGAUAAGAGGUGAUGGUACAGCACCAAAGAUGGUGCUGGGGACACGGGGAGAAGGGACAGGAGGAAUGUGAGCAGGAAGGGAGAGGCCAGCACAUGGCCCCCACGUUUUUCACAGGUGGGGAUGAAGCUGCAGCACCAGGAACGCCCCUCAGAGGAUGCCCCAGUGCGUUCUGCCACCAUCCUUGGGAGCAGGAGCUUUCCAGGCACCCUUGGGUGCCUGAGCAGGUCCUCUGAGCAGGACCAGCGUGAGGACGUCCUUCCCUGCACUGUGUUGGUGACAUGGUGUUUUCUUGGUUGUGUUCCAUGAACAGGAAACUCUGCAUGUAUAAAAACCAGGGCCAGAUGCCAAAAGAGGAGCAUGGCUGUGUUUUUUUCAUUCUCUUUAAGUUCUCCCACAGGUCUCGGUGCAUGGAUGCACCAGGGAUCAUUAGGGAUCAGGGGAAAAUAAUUGGGCUGUAAUUCAUUUGCACUUGCUUAGCACACACUGUCAGGAAAGGGAAAUAUAGGAUCCUGUAAUCCUUAAUUGAAUCAGAGCUGCCAUAAGGAGCCACUCUCCAGAUGAAAAAAAUUAGCAUCACAGCAGCAGGUAAAAUUGCUUUCAUCAGAGCAAGGUUGUCUCAGCACACAACUGGCACUCCAGGAGGGAGGAAAGAGUAAAGGAGCUAUUAAAUGGAUUUCUCCUUCAGCUUUUGUGGGGAGCUUUCAUCCUGUGUGAAGGCAUUGUUAGAUAUUUAAGAUGUGUGUGUGCAUUUUUACCUCUUUUCUGAAGGCCUGGUCGUUUCCAUACCCAAGCAAUUCCUACUUGAAGGAUGCACAUGGAUCCCUUUAAAACAAAGGGGGUAGGGUUGGUUUUUUUAAAAUUAUUGUUUUCACGGUGGAGUGGCAAAGGAGAAAUGUUAAAGCCCAGUCCUGUACAUUUGGGCAACCCCACAGUCCCAAACUCAGUCAGAAGACAGAAAACACAAGGAUACAGGUGCUCAUGUUUGUGUCUCUCUCAACCGCAUCAAGUGGGGCUGAAAAAGUUUUAUGCUGAGGGUGGGAAAUCCCUGCCCAGCUCAUGUGUACCCUCAGUAACUGGGCUGCUGCCAUCCUGCUAAAACCUGUCCUCCUGAAGGAGUGCCUGGCUCACCUGGAGAGGGAGGUGGGCUCCUCUUUUAGAGUUAAAACCUCAACUCACUGGUUUUACUCCUCCACAAUGAAAUGCAGGCCACUGGAGGGAAGCACCUGCAGCCUGCUGGGGCUGGGGGUUGUUUGCCUUAAGCAAAGGAUGCCAACAAACCCUGCUGAGCCCAGGAGGAGCCCUGCAGGUCCUUUCUGGGCCCUGACAGGGCAAUGCUCCGUGCCAUAACCAUUCCCUAAAGCUGUUAUCAGAGGGAGCUGGAGGCUUCCAAAGUCUUUCCCCAGGUGUGGGGCUGAAAACAGCGUGGGGGGCUGGAGUCAGUGAAGGGGCAUGAGAGACUGUGACACACCAAGGGCAGACUUGCACCCUGAGUUUGCAGGGAGCCAGCUCAGAUCCUGUCACAGUGUACCAUGGCUGUAGGUCCUAAGAGGAUAGGAAGAUGUGAAAAUUCCUGGAAUUACAGUGCUGGUGGCCCCAGGCUGGCCAGGGGUGAGCCAGCUUUGUUAUGGCUGCUUUACACUGAUCCCUCAUCAGCAGUAAGGAUCCAACUCUGACGUGCCAUAGGAUCAUCAAAAUGCAGCUCCCCGAUUCCCAAAAGGCAGAGAAAACAGGAGGAUGCUCAAAAUUCCCCCCCUUUUCUUUCAUCGAAGCCCUUAUGCCUUGACACCCCUCAAACAACAUCCCAUUGAAAUCCACAAGGUUCUCAGAGGCAAAACCCUUUUAAGUUGUCAUGGUCAGAGUUCAUGGAGAGUUUGGACAAUGCCCUCAGGCACUUGGUGUGACUUUUGGGGUUGUCCUGUGCAGCACAAGGAGCUGGACUCGAUGAUCCUUGUGGGUCCCUUCUAACUCAGGAUAUUCUGUGAUUCUGUGAUUCUCUUUGUGUUUGCUGCUUGUGUUGCUAUACUGAGCAUUUUCAGACCUGGACUAGGACUCGCCCAGGAAAUACUGGAGAAAUCCCACCAGUACCACCAGUUCUUCUCCUGUGCCUGGUUCAAAGCAAGGAUUUGACCUGCAUUUUUCCAGGUGAAUGACUAACUUCAAGGAAGCCCAGAAAAAGCAAAGGAAGGUUCUGUCUCAGCUUCCAAGUUGUUCCACUUGGUGUAAAAUGCUUUGCCUCACGGGUUUAGUCUGGGAAAGGUUGGAUACAUCAGGCUGCAAAGCUAUUCCCCUGUUCAUCUGUCAUGGUAAAUAUUUAUACCCAACAAAGCUGAUGGGCUGCAGAGGAGCACUGCCCAGUCUUGGGAAUACAUCCACUGAGGUGCCCGAGGUGUGAACUGGAAUUUCAGGUCCCAGACAAGCAGCAGAGGAGCACAGAGCCGUGAGCAGAAGUGCAGCACCGUUGCCAGCAGCCUCCUUUGUGGGAUGUGAGGGAAUCCCUCCCCAUCUGUUCCAGACAGCCUUGCUGGGGAAAGGCUUGUGAGCCAUCAGCACCAAGACACGUCGAGCUUUUUCCCUCUGGUCUUCACCUUCCCUUUCCCCUCCCUGUGCUCCUUUUUCCUCUCCAUUUGCAGGGCUCUCUGCGGUGUGUUUGCAGCUUCUCCUGUGUUCCAGCCCUGUGCUAACCCAUGCCAGCAGCAGCCAAAUGCCAAAAUAGCCAGGAAAGGUUUGCCUUUUGGAGAUGUGACAGGGAAAAACCCCAGCUGGUUAUUCACCCUCACCACAGGCUCCUCUGCAGCCUGUCAGGUUCCCCACCAGGCUAUUCUGCACAGGAGCCUGAAGAUGGGAUCUUUCCUAAGCUGAGGGGCUCCUUCAAAAAGUGUGGAGUGCCUCAGCACGCCAGAACUGUGCCCCCAGGCACCCUGCUCACAAUUAUUCCAUUACCCAACAUCCAGCCAUGUCCCCUUUCUGCUCUUGGGGGUGUUUGAGGGAUUAAAUGGAUGUGUGAAGGUGCCUGCUGUGACAGGCAUGGCAGUGCCAGCCAUGCAGAGCUGCCAGCCCAGCUGCCCUGGCCUGGUGUUCCAGGAAAGCAGAGGAGCUGGGGGUGAAAUCAGAGCUCUUCCCUCUGGGGGAAACUGAGCAGCCCAGUGAAGGAUGGCAUCGGGAUAGGGCACUAUUCACCCAGCUUAGUGCAGGAAUUUGGCUCCAUAACUCAGCCUUGUCUUCUCUGUUUUCCAUCCAACUCAUCAAUGAAGUGGAAUUCAAGGACUUCACUGCAGGUGACAACGUGGAGUGAGCUGUCCUGGCCCCAGAGCACCCAGCAGAGCUCAGCACUGCUGCUGCUCCCCCAGCCCAGGGUAACACCCCAGGACUGACUCCAGAAGGAGUUUAGAAGGACUGACUCAGAGAGUUUACAGAAACUCAUUAUUGGCUGCAUAAUGAGAUCAGAGGGGUGCCUCUUAAAAGGUGUCAAAAACUUCUUCUGCCUCUAUUAAAGGACACAGAUAUGUUUGAGGAUCAUGAAUUUGGGCUCCAAAACUGUUUAUAGAAAUAAAGACAAGUUCUGAUCCUGCUUGCACCAAUCAGUUCACUGCAGUGACUCCUGAAUUAUACCAGCAUUAAAAUGGGAUUUGCCUUUGAAAUAAUUCCUUUUUCUUCAUUCUGGAGCUGUUUACUCCCUUUUUACAUCAGGGAUAGAGUAAGGCCCUCCUGCUCUAUACUUCAGUGAUUAAAUUAUUAAUAAGUAUAGAACAAUUAAAUAUAAACAAUAGAUUAUUGCCUCGAAGUCCAGAAGUACCAGGUUCAAUGCUAGCAUUAGACUGUAGAUAUUUCUGCUCAUCUGGGACCUGUGCUGCUUUAUGAUCCCCUCACAAGCAGCAAGAAAUGAGAAUAUGACCCUGUUUAGGGUUUAGAAAAGAAAUUGUUCUGUUGCAGAAUUUUAGGGGCAAUUAAAUCAAACAAAUUUUGGAAAUCAGAGUUAUGUGUGCAGCAGCAGCAUUACUGCAGUUGUGGAAUGAAAAGGGGGAAAGGCCAGAAGAUGAAAGAUCUGAGCAUUUUGUUUUAUUUUUGGUUUGUUUGGGGUUUUUGAUAGGAAACAAGCUAUAUCUUUCUCCAGGAAGGUGUUUCUGGAGAAAAGAUAUUUUAUACCUGACCUAACCAUCAGAUUUCCUUCUUUCUGUGGAUCCCACUGGGUUCCCAUUCAUCUCAAAAUCAAUGAGGGUCAUGUCUGUGCCACAGGGCUCCGUGGGCAGAGGGAUUUACCCCAAAUCUCUGCUCCAAUCUGAUGGAAAUGCUUUCAGAGAGAAAUGCUCCUGCUGAUUAAUGAAAGAUUGCUGGUAGUGUUUCAAAAGCAAAAUGAAGUUCCAAAGAAAGCUCAGGAGUGAACAAACACCACUUGGCUCCAUGGCAGGGAUUAAAGGGGUUUGGUGGGAUCCUUUUGUCUCCAUUCCUCCCAGCUUCACCCCAGGGUUUAAACAAGGGGAGAGGAAAUAUGAAAUCAUUUCAGACUAAGAGGGAAUCUCUGAAACUGGGGAAUGCCAAUGUGUAUCUUCAUGAAGCUUAUUUUACUCUGGCCACAGAGGCACAUCUUGGUUUGAUCCGUGGCCUGUGGGAGCACAGGUGGAUCAGAAACAGUGUCCCUUCCCUGGAAGGUGAACCCAGCUGUGACAGGAGAGCCCAAAAUAAAACAUUCCCCCUACUGUGUCCCAGCUCCUGCUUUCAGGCUGGGUGUUUGGCCCUGCUUCCCUCACAGCCUUGUGCCUCCCCCCUGGCAUCUCUGCACCCAAGAACGUGCCAGAUUCCUGGGGACAGGGAUGGCAAUGCUGAAUGUCCUGGCUCUCAAUGCAAAUUUGCACUUUUUCCACCCCGAUGAUGAUGGGGCCAGCACCACAAAGCUGCUUCCCUGGAGAUGAACCUUGAAGAGCAGGGGGUCACACACACCCAUAUCCAUCCAGAAGGACUCUGCUGGCAUCACUCAGGCACUAAACUGCUGGAAAAAGGAAAAUAUUCAAGUCCCAGACUGGCACGUGGGGUCAGAUGUCCCAAAAUGUGGAUUUCCACCCAUUUCCUUUCAGUCACUCAGCUUUUCAUCCCCUCUCCAAACCCAGAAUUUGCAUAUCAGCCUGAUGGGGGGUAAUUACAGUGACUGACCUCGUUAUUUCCCCUGGAGACCUGUGCAGAUGUGAACUAUGGCUUUUAGUCAGGAGUUUCUUAGGACCAUCUUUUCCACCUCUUCCUGAAUAUCUGAACUUGCAUGAUCCUGAGGAGCCCUGGGUUUGAAAGCCUGGUUAUUUCUAGAAUACUGUGAAAUCACAGGGGAGAAAACAAACAUUGGGACUGGAGGCUACAGGUCUGUAAGGAAAAUAAUGCCCACCUGUGUUCUGAGGGCCAGACCCUGAGGACACACACCCUGGCAGCAGCAGAGCACCAGUGCUUUAUACCCAAGUUUUGUGGAUAUUGUACAUUUGUACAUAGAGGAAAUCUGAAGAGCACAUUUAAAAAAAAAAUAAUAAUGAGCAAACCACAUUUUUGAUACUCAGAUGAUGAUGAUGAUGAAUCAAGUUUGAAAAGGCAUUUCUGAACUCGAAAGUGCAUUUUUCAGAGCCUGUUUCAAACACCUCAAGCUGUGGGUCAGCAGCUGCUGCCAGCUGACCCUUCUCACUCCAGCUGCAAACUCCUCUGCUCUGCCCUCCUGUAAAUAGAUUUGACAGCAGAGGGUGAGCAGAGUGCUCUGGCUGUGAGCAGAGAAUCUCUGUCUCUGUGCACUUCUCUGUACCAGGUGCUUGUCAUGUAUCCUCCAUGCCAGCAAGGACAGGCCUGCUUGCCCAGCACAGGUGAAACCUCUGCCUUGUUUCAUGGCCUUUUGCCUGAUGUUAUUUAUUUUUGGUCUGACUCUGUACAUAUGCAACAAAGUGGCUAUUUUUUUUUUUCUUUUUUUUCUUUUUCUUUCCUUUGUAUUUGGUUCACCUCCUUGCUCCAGAGGGGGUUCUUCUCUGUGGUUGACGCUGCUGAAAACAAGCAAUAAAACCAUUGUGAAGACAUUGUGUCUGAGGUGUUCCACCUGAUAUUUUGAUUUAUUCCUCAUGGUCCAGGAGGAGACACAGAGAAGGCAAACUAAGAAGGAGGUUGUGAGCUGGAGAGGUUCUUGCUUAGAGUUAAAUAUAAAUGACCUCAUACUUUGAAAGGCUAACCAGAUAGACCAAAUCACUCUUGAAAUCAGAGAAUCAUGGAAAUAUUUGGGUUGGAAAGGACCUUUAAAGGCCAUUUAGUCUUUGCAGUGAGCAGGAACAUCUUCAAGUAGAUGGAAGUUCUGGGCAGACCUUCUUUGAGGACACCUGUUCCAGCAAAUGAACCAUUACCAAAUCCAACAUAAAUGACCCCAAAACCU